UUAUGCUGACGCGUCGUUAGCUGGCCUCGGCUCUCCUACGUGUCAGUCAGUCUCCCGUGUCCAGCUCAGCAGCUCACACACCGGGCUCACACACCGCGACCAUGGCACCCAAAGGCAGCAACAAGCAGCAGUCGGAGGAAGACCUGCUCCUCCAGGACUUCAGCAGAAACCUGUCGGCCAAGUCCACCGCUCUCUUCUACGGCAACGCGCUCAUCGUCUCCGCCAUUCCCAUCUGGUUGUUCUGGAGGAUCUGGCACAUGGACCUGGUCCAGUCGGCGGUGCUGUAUGCUGUGAUGACUCUGGUCAGCACCUACCUGGUGGCUUUCGCUUACAAGAAUGUCAAGUUUGUCCUCAAGCACAAAGUUGCCCAGAAACGUGAAGAUGCUGUUUCCAAGGAGGUAACCAGGAAGCUGUCUGAGGCCGACAACCGGAAGAUGUCUCGCAAGGAGAAAGAUGAAAGGAUCCUGUGGAAGAAGAACGAGGUGGCAGACUACGAGGCCACAACCUUCUCCAUAUUCUACAACAACACACUCUUCCUGGUCCUCGUCAUCAUCGCCUCCUUCUUCUUGCUGAAGAACUUCAACCCCACCGUCAACUACAUCCUGUCUAUCAGUGCCUCCUCAGGACUCAUCGCUCUGCUGUCCACCGGCUCCAAGUGAAGAGGGAUCAAGGGGUUUGCACGGGGGAAGGAGUGGGAGGGAUGGAUUGUAGGAUAGGGUUAAACCAAGGUAUAUAUUGUUUUUCAUUAAAGUGAGGGACGGGGUUGGGGUGGGAUCAAAAUGUCACAUUUCAGCUUCAUGAAAUUCAUGAUCAAAUGUCUGGAGGGUCUUUCUCCAGGUCUGUCUUACUGUCCUUUUUUGUACCAAUAAAAGAGACCAUGCACACUUGUCUU